GUCUAAUUUAAAUGAAUUUCAAGUCUAAUUUAAAUGGGACCCCAAAUGAAAAGAAAUUGAACAAUACCAAGCCAAAACCAGAGAACAGAAAUAGAAAGAGGGAAGGGGAAGAGAUCAAACCCUAGACUUCGAAGCGGCGGAGUGAAGACGACGGUGGCGGUCGGGUUUUGCGAGCGGCGACGAUGGAGAGCCCCGGUCAUCCCGAGGGAGAGGUGUGGGGAACGUGGGAAGAGCUCCUCCUAGCUUUCGCUGUUAACCGCCACGGUACCCGGAGUUGGGACUCUGUCGCCAUGGAGAUCCAGUCCCGGAGCCCCUUCUCGCACCUGUUAACCCCCCAGAGCUGCCGCCGGCGGUACCGCGACCUGAAGCUACGGUUCGCCGGUUCCGGCGGCGAAGAAGGCAGACACGAGGACGACGAAGGCGAGGAGGCUGGCUCAUCUGUCGAGGUGCCCUGGGUCGAGGAGCUCCGGAAGCUUCGAGUCGCCGAGCUCCGCCGCGAUGUCGAACGCUACGAUGCGUCGAUCGGAUAUUUGCAACUAAAGGUAAAAAGGCUGGAAGAAGAGCGCGAACGGAGCUUGAGGGAGACGGAAUCCGUCGAGGAAAAACCGGAUCAGGAGAAGGAGGCGGGCAACUCGGCGAGUCACACGCCGGAGGCUGCCGUCGGUGAUGCGAUCUCCGGUAAGGAUUCCGGCCGCUCCUGCGGGGAGUCCAACUCGACUCUUCCAAAGGAAGGCGAGAAGAAACUCGAUGGAGAUGAUGGAAAAGCGGAGGAAGCCGUUGGAACCGGCGGCGAGUCGGCCGAUCCGGUGGAGCGGCUGCCGGCGGGUGAGUCGGGCGAGUCGAUGGUGGCCGAAUCCAAGGGCGAGGAGGAGGAGGAGGGUGAGAAGGAGGGCAGCGACGUGCAGUGUUCGAGGAGCCCCUCAAGGCGGCGUAGGGGACGGCGGAGGAGGUUAAUCCCCGGCGGCUGCAACAGCAGAGAGGAGGCGGAUGCGGAUGCGGACGCGGGUGCCGCAGAGGAGUCGAUCAUCAUGGGCAAGCGGGUCGCUGCUGAAUCUGAGCCGUUGAUGAUGUUCCUUGACACGAUUCGAUCAGAUCAACAGGUGUCAAUUCUGGAGCGUCGGCUCGGCUGCCAGGAAACCGUCAGAUAUCACAGUCUGAUACGGCGACACGUGGAUCUAGAGAUGGUGCGUGCCAAGGUGGACGGCUUAGGUCAGGAAGGUGGUUCGUACACGACCGCGGAGUUCUUGCGCGAUCUGCUGCUGCUCUGCACCAACGUCAUUGUCUUUCACCCCAAAGACAGUCCCGAAUCCAUCGCCGCUGCUCGUCUCCGUGACAAAGUCACUAAAGAGAUUUCCGUCUGCGUUGGGCCUCCCACACCGUCAUCACGGCCGCCGAUAGAACCCACUCCGUCUCCAACGCCAGAUCUGGACCUCACUGCUUCUCUUCCUGAUAAGCCGACGACAGCGGCACCUCUGAUCGCUUGCCGGACGCGAAGCUCUACGUCGAACGUGUCUGAGGAGGUCGAGGAGGAGAAAGAGGAGACGCCAAAAACAGAACCGGAGGAGUCCGUCAACGAGGAGAAGGCCGCCCUCGAGAAGAAGGUGAAUAAAGAAACAAACGUGCUUUCGAGGAAGACAAGGGGAUUGAGGACCAACAAGCUCCGCAGCGGCCAUGCAGGAGAAGGUCCCGCCGCUAAGAGGCCUAGUGUUGCUGUAGUUCCAAAUGUUAAGACCAGACCCGUCCAGAACGCGGCGGUUGUGGACGCAGCAGCAACAUCACAUAGGAAGAGUGAUGGUUCUGUCGCUUCAACGGCUGCUUUGGAAAAGCAGAAACGGCAGGACAACUCGCCGAACCAGAUCAAGCGGAGCUCCAAGGGGACCGUGAAGGAGACGCUCAAAAGUCCGUCCUCCAGAGGAGGCGGCGUCGGCGGAAAAGCUGCGGAAAUACAGAGGAAGCGUGGAAGGAGUAUCGGAGGGAAGGAUCAGAGAACCCGUCAAGGGACUGGUGCCAUUCGCGUUGAAUCCGCCACGAAGAAGGUGGCGGAUACAAGCGGUCCGGCGAAGAGGAGCGUGGGGCGGCCACCGAAACGGGCAGCGUCUCCAUCUACUCUCCGUCCGGGGAAGAGGGCGAAGGGGCAUACGGAGGCCCGGGCGCCGCCGGGUUCCAGGAAGCGAGGGCGGAAGUGAGGUGCGUUAGUGCGGAGCAUCACCUAAAUUAAGACUCGAAUAGCUGUGACGUGACACACCUAUUCUUGUUUUCUCUUUAUAUUUGUUUUUCGUGUUCUUGGGGUGCGAACUUAACCCGAGGAUGGGAUUUGGUUUGUGCUCCGCAUUCAUUUAACCGGUCGAUAAUUAACUCCCAAAUGCCGGGUAAUUACAAUUAGUUGUGGCCCUAAGCUAAGCUUUGUGA